GAGAAAGAGAGAGGGAGAGGGAAAGAGAGAGGCUGGAGAAUGAGAGGAUGGAGAGGGAGAGAGAGAGGGAAAUGCAGGCUGCAGGUUUGGACAUUUGUGGGAACAUCGUGGGCCGAGGAGGAAAUGAGAAGAAUGUCGUUGGCAUGAACCAACACCAGCAUAGAGAGAUGCCGGCUGCCAGAGUUGACAACGAGAACAAUCCAGGUGGUCACAACCCUCCAAACCACAACCCACCCAAGAUCAUGCCUGUGUCAGGAAAACUGGAGCAGGCCAUGCAGAACAACUCCGGCCUUGUUCGUCCCUCUGCCUUCAAGCCGGUUGUUCCCAAGAGCUUCCACUCCAUGCAGAACCUCGUGGGCCAGGCAGGAGGGGCUGGAAGUGAGGGCAAGACUGAGGCGAGGAGUGAGGGAUUCAGUGAGAGCAGAGGAGGCAGGAGAGGGAGGGACGGAGCAGGAGGAGAGGCAGGAGAGGUCCCAGAGGCCCUGCUCCUCGACCAGGACAGUCCAGUGAGGGUGAGCAGGAGUGAGGGAGGGGGAAAUGGUAAUGAAGUGGUUCAGGGAGGUAUGUCAGACUCAGGGAGAAACUCCCUGACCAGCCUGCCCACAUAUACCGGCUCGGGGUCCGGUUGUGGGCCCCCAGCGGUCUUGGGGCCUCUCAGUGCUUCCACUAGUCAUAUCAACAGGUUGGGCAUGGCUGGGGCAGCUGCAGGGCUGGACAAGCUGGAAAAGCCGGGGUAUCAGAACGGGCUCAGCGCCUCAGACAGCGGUCGGUCCUCGUCGGGGAAGAGCUCCUCGUCAUAUCAGAGACUAAGCCACCUGAGUGAUGCUCCAGCACCUCUUCGCCCCUCCCCCUCAUCUGAUGACAUCAUCCAGGACCUCGAAGACCGUUUGUGGGAGAAAGAGCAAGAGGUGCAGCACAUGCGCAGAAACCUGGACCAAAGUGAGGCAGCAAUCAUUCAGGUGUUUGAGGAGAAGCAGCGUGUCUGGGAGCGCCAGAUGGACGAGCUGAGACAGAACUACGCUUCGCGCCUGCAGCAGGUUACUCGUCGUGCCCAACGCUCUCAGACUGCCCUCCAGGCCCAGAUCACCCGUCUGUCCCAGGACAAGAGGAGGCUGCAGGAGGAGAUGGCAGCUCUCUUGGCCCAGAGAGAGGAGCUGGAGAGGAAGUGUCUGGACUACAGGAAGGAGCAGGCGGACAUCUUGCCUCGUCUGGAGGAAACCAAGUGGGAGGUGUGUCAGAAAGCAGGAGAGAUCUCCUUGCUGAAGCAGCAGCUGAGGGAGAGUCAGGCUGAAGUGACCCAGCGAGCCGGAGAGAUGGUGGCCCUGAGGGGUCAGCUGAAGGAGCUCAACGCCCAGCUGAGGGAGCGUGAGGAGGCCAUGCUGGGCCUGAAGGACUCCUACAGCACCAAGAGUCUGGAGCUGGAGAAAUGUGAAGGAGAGCUGCGGAGGACUCUGUCAGAGGUGUCUGUACUCAGAGAGAAGCUGGGAGUUUUUGAAGCAGAGGUGCUCAGUUUAAAGCGAGCUCUAAAUGAAGUGAGCAGAGGGGCAGAGGUAGUCGUGAGCCCUAACUUAGCUGCUGUAGGGCUGUUGCCACCCUGGGGAGCAGUCCACUGCCCACGAAACCCUACUGAACCCUCAACCAACUCCCUCACCCCCACAGCUGACACCCUGCUGAGUCUUCAGAGUGAUGAAGCCAAAGCCCAAAGGCAGGAAGCUCAGAGACAAGAGAGGCAACGUGAAGAAGCUCAAUGGCGGGAUGCACAUCAACGGCAAGACGCUCACAUGCAGCCAGACAUAAGGAUGCGUCAGGAUGCUCAAAUCAGACCAGAAGCCCAACUGCGCCAGGAGGCCCAGCAUCGUCAGGAGGCCCAUCUCCGCCACGAAGCCCAAAUACGUCAAGACACCCAACUACGCCAAGAAGCACAGCUGCGUCAAGAGGCCCAACUGCGCCAGGAGGCCCAUCUCCGUCAAGAGGCCCAGCUCUGCCAUGAGGCCCAAAUGCGCCAAGAGGCCCAGCUACGUCAUGAGGCACAACUCUGCCAGGAGGCCCAACUGCGUCAGGAUGGCCACCAACCGCAGAGAAGCCAGGAGGGUCACUGGGACGAGGCGGGGGAGCUGCGCAGGCAGCUAGAGCAGCUGCAGGCUGCACUGCGCCUGGAGCGGCAGCAACGGGAACGUCAGGCGCUCAACUUUGAUCAGGAGCGGCACACCUGGCAGGACGAGAAAGAGCGGGUUUUAAAAUACCAGGCACAGCUGCAGCUCAGCUAUGUGGAGACACUGCAGAAGAACCAAGCUUUAGAAAAACGAAUGAGCCAGCUGGGAGCCAAACCAACCACAACAGCAACCACCACCACUGUUACAACCACAACUACCACCUCCCCUACUUCCUCCAAUUCUCCACCUCCACCUCCAGCCCUCUCACCUCUGUCUCCACAGCCCCCGCCCUCCCUAUCUGGCCCCAUUGCCCUCACCAUUUCCCCGCCUUGUGAGGACCAGAAGGGUCCUCCUUCUCUCCACCAGCUUGCACCUCCAUGGGCGGGACCAUCACGCCUGGAGAGGAUAGAGUCCACUGAGAUAUAGACACGGACUUCUCAGCUUAAUCCACUCCCAGUGAACAGGCCUCUCAUACAAAACCACUACAGCAUACAGGUGAAAAACAAACAAUAGAAUAAAUCAGCACAGUCUGACAUACUUUUCUAAGCAACUACAGACACUGAACAUCAACAGAGGCCGACUGUAAAAUCCAGCAUUAUAAGUACCAGAAAGCUUAAACACAUUGAAUCUACCAAUGAUUGUUUAACCUCCUAAGCAGCCUUUCUCUCACUAGUUGCACACUACAACAUCCUACAUUAUCAGUGUUUAUGAAAAGUGUGCCACACUGAUGGAUGAUAGAAAAACAAAAUGUUAAAUGACAAUGUUUAGAUCACAGCACUAAUACCGGGUCAUUUUAUUGCCCAUGCUAGAAAAAGGACCAAGACAAUCAGGGAUAUUGUCAGAAAUGAUCAACCAGAAUAUUAUGCGGUAUUUAUUCAUUGUAAGUCUUUGUCACUGGUAAUGUAAAAGUAGAAUUAGUGGUCAGAGUGUGUGAUGUUAUCCUGCAUUUUUGGCCAGAGAGCGCCUUACUCCAUCUUUUCCAGCAUGUAUAAGAGAAUAACAAAAGCUGGGAAUAGAUGAAGGGAAAAGAGUGUGAUUAUCAUUUUCAGUGCUUUAAUUAUAAUAUCAGCAAACCAGUUACAAAGACGUAUCACUCAUGGCUGGACUGAUUUAAUUUAAAACCCAGCAGAUAUCGAUGUAAAGGUCACACAGAAGCUGAUUUUUGAUUUCAAGUCAUUUCAUGCACAGGGUCCAAACAUGCACGCAUCAUUUACACAAGUCACUAUGAGCAACAGAGUUUAUAUUUUCUACAAAUUGAAUUAAAUAGAUAUGUUUAGCUGAUAAUCAACCCCAAAUUAAUAUAGUUUUAAGUUGAUAGGCGAACCUGGUUCGCCUUCACCGCAGGUUGUCUGCAGUGACUAAAAAUAACCACUAGAGUUCAGUAGAGAGCUGCAACUUUCCUCUCAUUGAGCUGCAAGGAGAAUGUGAAUGAAAGCACACAAUUUGAAUUUCAGUAUUAUGACAAUUGUGUCAUUCACUUGGUGCAUUUACAGCAAAGAAAUCGAAUAAAUCAGUCGAUAUUUCCAAAGUUUAAAAAAAUGUAGAAUGUAUGAUAUAAUAGAAAGAAAUACUUAUAAUAGUUAUAGAUUGUAAAUGUGUGUUUGGGUGUGUGCGUGAGAGACAGAGCAAGUGUGUGCAUGUGUGUAUUCAUAUGAAGAGCUUCAGCUAAUGAGAUUGAGAAUAGAGGGACUAGUGGCAAUACAGCAAGUGAAGAUAUAUUAAGUGCAAAAGGAUUUUCUUUGUGGCUUUGGGGGUAAGUUAGACAUUCAUCAAAGCUUGACACAAGAAUAUCGAGACAAAAAAGUCAAACUGAAGGAGUCUGUAUAUCUUUAAAAACUCUUAAUUUCUUCUGUAUAGUUCAUUUAGACGAAGCAGGGGGAGAAGGAAGUUUAAAAAAAAAUCAAAAUAGUGGGAGAGUCUGCUCUUUAAAGAAAGCAUUCAGGCUAACUGCACUAUGUAGUGUUACACACGAGUUACGAUGUACAGUAGACUCAGAUGUGAAUAUCAUGGCUUUUAUAUGUGUUGUUUAUGCCAGCAUACAAAGAUGUUGCUCAAGAAUAUUAACUUAUCUCUAAGGUAUUACAUAGUAUUAUCAUCUUUAUUACUGUUAUUAUAUUAUGGUGAACUGACAGAGAAAAUAUGUGCCAUUUGAGCUUUCCUUUAUGUGUUAUUUUUUAAUACUGUGUAGAUAGCCAAUUGGCCUACCAUAAUGGUGCAAUCAUAGCAACCCUGUCCAAAAAAUGCUGUUCCUUUUGAUGUAGGUGAUAAAUGUAGUUACAGUAUUGCAUUAUUUGAAGAACAAAAUGCUACGGAUUUUAUACGUUUUAACAUUAUUGUUUGCAUUUAUGUUACUAGUACUGUUCUAGCUUGAUUAA